AGUUGUACGUUCGAAACCUGUGGCCGUCACUUGCGAGUUUGGCAUCUUCCCCUGUCACCGAAGAGGAACGGGGGCUCGGAGAUAAUACCAGUGGCCGCAGUCUGCGAGCCAGGCGCUGCGCGACUCCCACCCUGGGUGCGUCUCUGACCCUCGGUCCCGUGCAUCAGGGAGCUGCGAGGCGGCAGCUCCGCGCCCGCCACCGUGUCCACCCAGCCCGGGGAGCAGGUUGGCAGUUCUCAACGAUGGGCAGGAGGGACCUUGGCGGCGACCCCUAAAAAAAUACCAUGCCCCGGGAGCCCCGCUGCUGCCGAGCCAGCUUCUUGCCUUUCCACCUCCCAGACCCUGUUGGAUUCGGAUGAGCCCACUGAGAGAAGCCGCAGCCUCCAGAUUGCAGACUGAACUUAACCAAGUUCAUAGGCUGAUCCACACUGACCUGGCCGACCACAGAAGAAGGGAUUCUACCUGCCCACUGGGCCCCUUUUGACCGCUGAUAACUUGGCUUCACUUGUUGCCUGGGUGGAAAGUUCUCCCUAUUGAAAUUUUUUUGCACAUGGAGGACAAUAGCAAAGAGGGCAACAUAGGCUGAUAAGACCAGAGACCACAGGAAGAUUCUUUGACCUUGGCCUUCGGGACUUUCCCUCUAGCUGGAGUUCUGGACUUUAACAGAACUACGUUCAAUCAUUUUGGUUUUGCUAUCUGUUUUUUUUUUUUUUUCUUUUUCUUUUCACUACCACAUCGUAUUUUAUUUCUGUACUUCAGAAAUGGGCCUACAGACUACACAGGGGCCCAGCCAGGGGGCUUUUUUCCUGAAAUCUUGGCUUCUCAUUUCCCUGGGGCUCUACUCACAAGUGUCAAAACUCCUGGCGUGCCCUAGCGUGUGUCGCUGUGACAGGAACUUUGUCUACUGUAACGAGCGAAGCUUGACCUCAGUGCCUCUUGGGAUCCCGGAGGGCGUCACUGUACUCUACCUCCACAACAACCAAAUUAAUAAUGCUGGGUUUCCUGCAGAGCUGCACAACGUACAGUCUGUGCACACCGUGUACCUUUAUGGGAACCAACUGGAUGAAUUCCCCAUGAACCUUCCCAAGAACGUCCGAGUUCUCCAUCUGCAGGAAAACAAUAUUCAGACCAUUUCACGGGCUGCCCUGGCCCAGCUCUUGAAGCUUGAAGAGCUCCACCUGGAUGACAACUCAAUAUCCACGGUGGGGGUGGAAGAUGGGGCCUUCCGGGAGGCCAUUAGCCUCAAAUUGUUGUUUCUAUCCAAGAAUCACCUGAGCAGCGUGCCUGUGGGGCUUCCCGUGGACCUGCAAGAGCUGAGAGUGGAUGAGAAUCGAAUUGCCGUCAUAUCAGACAUGGCCUUUCAGAACCUCACGAGCUUGGAGCGUCUGAUCGUGGAUGGAAACCUCCUGACCAACAAGGGCAUUGCCGAGGGCACCUUCAGCCACCUCGCCAAGCUCAAGGAAUUUUCCAUUGUCCGGAAUUCGCUCUCCCAUCCCCCUUCUGACCUCCCAGGUAUGCACCUGAUGAGGCUCUAUCUGCAGGACAACCAGAUCAACCACAUCCCUUUGACAGCCUUCUCGAAUCUCCGGAAGCUGGAACGGCUGGAUAUAUCCAACAACCAGCUGCGCGUGUUGACUCAAGGGGUCUUUGAUAAUCUCUCCAACCUGAAGCAGCUCACUGCUCGGAAUAAUCCUUGGUUCUGUGACUGCAGUAUUAAAUGGGUCACGGAAUGGCUCAAACACAUACCCUCAUCUCUCAAUGUGCGAGGUUUCAUGUGCCAAGGUCCUGAACAAGUCCGGGGGAUGGCAGUCCGGGAGUUGAAUAUGAAUCUGUUGUCCUGUCCAACCACGACCCCCGGCCUGCCUCUCUUCACCCCAGCCCCAAGUUCAGCUUCGCCCACGACUCAGCCUCCCACACACUCUGUCCCGACCCCUAGCAGAAGCUAUGCGCCUCUAACUCCCAUGGCAUCGAAACUCCCCACGAUUCCCGACUGGGAUGGCAGAGAAAGAGUGACCCCGCCUCUUUCUGAACGGAUCCAGCUCUCUAUCCAUUUUGUGAAUGACACUUCCAUUCAAGUCAGCUGGCUCUCUCUCUUUACUGUGAUGGCGUACAAACUCACAUGGGUGAAAAUGGGCCACAGUUUGGUGGGGGGCAUCGUUCAGGAACGCAUUGUCAGUGGUGAGAAGCAGCAUCUGCGCCUGGUCAAUUUAGAGCCCAGAUCCACUUAUCGGAUUUGUUUAGUGCCACUGGAUGCAUUUAACUACCGAGCUGUAGAAGACACCAUUUGUUCUGAGGCCACCACCCAUGCCUCCUAUGUGAACAACGGCAGCAACACGGCUUCCAGCCACGAGCAGACGACUUCCCACAGCAUGGGCUCCCCUUUUCUGCUGGCAGGGCUGAUCGGGGGUGCGGUGAUAUUUGUGCUUGUGGUCCUGCUCGGUGUCUUUUGCUGGCAUAUGCACAAAAAGGGGCGCUACACCUCCCAGAAGUGGAAAUACAACCGAGGCCGGCGGAAAGAUGACUAUUGCGAGGCAGGCACCAAAAAGGACAAUUCCAUCCUGGAGAUGACAGAAACCAGCUUUCAGAUCGUCUCCUUAAAUAACGAUCAGCUCCUUAAAGGAGAUUUCAGACUGCAACCCAUUUACACCCCAAAUGGGGGCAUUAAUUACACAGACUGCCAUAUCCCCAACAACAUGCGAUACUGCAACAGCAGUGUGCCAGACUUGGAGCACUGCCAUACGUGACAGCCAGAGAUCCAGCAUUACAAACACGGACAGUAAGACUUUCGAGAACACACUCGUGUGUGCACAUAAAGACAUGCGAAUUACAUUUGAUAAAUGUUACACAGAUGCAUUUGUGCAUUUGAAUACUCUGUAAUUUAUACGGUGUACUAUAUAAUGGGAUUUAAAAAAGUGCUAUCUUUUCUAUUCCAAGUUAAUUACAAACAGUUUUGUAACUCUUUGCUUUUUAAAUCUUAAAAAAAAAAAAUAGUUGCUGAAGUACUGUACAGGGUUGUACAAUGAGAACCCAAUACUAAGGUAAAAGAAUGAGUGAUUCUUCCUCCUGGUGCAACUCACCACUUUGCUGUUGAAGCUUCAAAACAAAUUCCUUUCCUAGAAUUGGUGGUCAGAUGAAAGGGCAGGUUAAAAUGGACUCAUCAGGGUAGGAUAAAUAAUAGGCAUAAAACCAGAAAUGACCGCAGAUAUCUUCACGCUAUUUGUAUACUUCCUGGUCUGGAAGAAAAGUGAAAACUUCUAGAAUAUAAGAAAGGAGGUAGUCACCCUGAUUUGACCCAAAGGAGGAAAUGCAGAAAACAUCUCUUGAGGAAGUCAGUUCCUGUGAGAUAAGUUAACCCAUCCUGGCAGAAUCAAGAAAAUGAGAUAAGAUUUGAAAAGACAGUCAAACCCAGUGGGUGGCUUUCUGACUGGGAACUUGAAAAUCACUCUUCAGGCUUCCCUGGCCCUAUGUGAAACAGUGAGAGACCUGAGUCUGAUUUCAGUCAUCUUCGGGGGCAGGUAGGAUGUCCCAGCAAGAAAACUCCCUUUAAAAGUGUUACUGUUCAAAUCAUAUGUCAGGUUGAAUCACAUUCAUCAGAGAUAUAUUCUAGAAUACAUUUUUUUUAGAAGAGGCUAAUAAAAUAAUGGGAAGAAUUAUAUUGAAUGGAAUUAUUUUUGAUAAUGAGAACUAUUUGGGUAGAUUCACUGCAGCUAUGUCAACAUGAUAUUUAGGCCAACAAGGGAUCAAUGUUUGGAAUAUACUAAACUUGUUAUGUAAAAAUUAUUGAUACCAUUUAGACAAAAGCAAGUGAUCAGUUGUUCUGUUAUACUGUAUCAACUAACUUUGUUAGUAUCAUGUUGAAAUAGCUUGAAUUAAUACCUUUAUCCCCUCGGAAAUUCUUGUCUUCCAAUCACCUCACGUAUAUUUUCAUAAUUAGCUGUAGAAGCAACAUUUGUCGUUCCCCCUCUCUUCAAAAUUCAAAAGAAAAUCAUGGAUGCCAGUCUUGGUUGCACAAAAUAUCCAUAUACACUUUAAAAUGUAUACUAAUUCUCCUUGCUAAUAAUUCUGCAAGGACACAUCAAAGCUGGCGAAAUAACAUAUUUGUUUAAAAAGCAAUACCAAGUUUCCAGCUUGAACUGACUUUGACCUUCCAUUUUUUAAAUUUCAUUUAUUCCUUUCAGUUGUGGAUGUUCCUCUUCUUUGGGAAUUGUGGAGGGAUAAUCAAUCUUAUAUUAACAGCAUAACAGAUGAAAGAAAAUGAUCAAGUCUGAGAGGGAAGACUUGUUCUCCUAAUCUUGGCAUAGCAAGGCAUAGGACAGAGGGCAUAGAGAAGAGAAGGAUGUCCAGACUUAAUUCUAGAUAUUUUUUGAAGCAACGUCCAUCUUCAAAAAGCAUGUAUAAUGUACUCCUUUCCAUCCCUUAGUUGUAGAAGGGCUAUCGAUCACACACAUACAUUAUCUAAAAAAUACACCCUUGGAAAAUUAUUUUUAAAAUCAAAUUUAGGCAUUUCAGUCUGUGUUGCAUGUUUCCUUGAUCACCAGCCAUUAUUUUAGGAACCUAUGAAGUUAAUGUCACAAUCAUUUUGCUUUCUCUUUCUCUGUCCCUCUUACUUUUAACAAAAUAGAACUGUGAUGUGUCUACUUUGUAAGAGUUUAGGUAUAAAAUGCUAUGCAAGUUUUUCUUUAUAGUAAGAGCUUUAUUUUCUUUAAUAAUAUAUCCCCAACUCAUAUGUUUUAAUCUCCCUUGUCCCUCAGAAUAAGCAGAAAAUAUAACUGAAGUUAUAAUGUUAUAGACACAAGAAUCGAAACUGUGCAGUCAGUUGAGCUGAAAUUAACUACUAAUUAAUUUGAAUUAAUUCUAAAGUGACUUUGGUUUUCAUUUUAGUUUAUUAGCUAGCUCGUUUUGGCUGUUGCUUUUUUAAAGCUUGAUCCACACAGUGAAGGGUUAAGACAAUCUGUGAAAGUGAUCAGUGUAGCAGUAAGCCAUCUGAAAUGCAGGACCAUGACAUGGGGUUUUGUGUAUUUAACUGGAUAAUUCCCUUCCACUGUCCCUUUCUCCUUGGCUGUGUAGAUAAAACUAUGUGUUCAAUUGAUGGUACUUUGAUUUUUGAGGGUUUCUUUUUCCUUUUAUCCACAAAAUAUUCAUUCUCAUUUAUUUGUAUUGUGUGUAUAACCUCCAGCUGGAUAUUUCGCUGCCGAAACAAAUGUUUUUGCUUUGAGCCAAGAAGACCAAGGUUAGAGAGGUUUCUGUAAUGUCUUAUGGGAUUCACAGAAUUACUUGGGGCUUAAGUCCUACGACAGAGACCUGGUCAUGUGAAAUGAUUAGGAUGAUCUGAAAUGGUUCCUUUGCUAGAAGACAUUUCUGAAGAGAUAGAAUCUAGUUAUAGACUUAAUUCUGAGCUUGUGCACAUGACAGAGACUGUUAAAAUUGAGAUCAGUCUCCUAUUUGUAAUAGUGUACCUGGGGCUCUCACCUACACCAGGAUAGAAAGCACAUCAUGGAAUUUGU